AUGAGCGCCGUGGCGGUUUCGUCGUCGCUGAACCCGGACGCGCCGCUCUUCAUCCCGGCGGCGCUGCUGCAGGUGGAGGACUUCUCGCCGCAGUGGUGGGACCUCAUAACCACCACCGCCUGGUUCCGCGACCACUGGUCCCGCGAGCACGCCCACCUGGACGAGAUGGCCGAGCAGCUCGACGCGGCCAGCCUCCUGCCAGACGACGAGGACCUCUUCUACGACGAACAGCCCGAGCAGGCCCCCGCCGUCGUCGACCCAGCGCCUGCCGCCGCCGCCGUCCUUAAGACAGAUGAGGUGCUCAAGGCGCUGAACCUGACCUCCGCGAAGGGCGUCGACGCCCCGCGUGGGUUUCGGGAGAAGCCCAGGCAUUCCGAGAAGCCGACCAAGUACGCCGGCAGCCCCAAGAGCAGUGCCCCCCGCGUGAUCCACCAGCCUCGCUAG